GGGCGCGCAGCAGCGGCGGUGCGCGGAGCGGCGCGGAGCUGCGGGUGGGGGUCGGGAUGAGCGAGCUGCGGCAGCGGCUGUGCGGGGAGCGGGAGCCUGAGCCUGAGGAGAAGGUGGGUAGCGGUGGCGGGGCGAAGCCUUCUGCUGUGGGAUGGGGGUGCAGUGGGGCUGGGCCUUGGCUCUGGGGGCUGAGCGGGAGCCCCUGAGGCGGCUGCCGGAGAGCAGAGGCCCAGGCCGGGUGCAGCUCCUCAGGUGCGGUGCGGUUCCUCAGUCGGCGGGGCGCGGCGUUUCGUAGAGCAUCCCGGGCUGGAAGGGCCCGCGGGGCUCCUCCUUCAGCAGAAAUAGCAGUGGUUUAAUGGGAUUUAACGGUGGUGGUUUGUUGAGGAUCGGCCGUGAAAGGGAAAUCUGAUGGUUUUCCUGUAGUGUCUCUACUGCUUCGACCCCAAACACAGUGCUCGGGACUUGACAUCGCCCAGAGGAGCUGUGGUGUCCCAUCCUGGGAGGUGCCCGAGGCUGUGGAUGGGGCCCUGAGUGGCCUGAGCUGGUGGGGGGCACCCAACCCACUGCAGGGGGCUCUCAGGUCCCUUCCAGCCCAACCAUGUUGUGAUUCCGUGGUUCUGUGAUCUUUAAGGACCUUUCCAACUCAAACUCACAUCGUUCCAUGGCUGUGUGAUCUUCCAGGACCUCCUCAACCCAUUCCAUGUUUCUCUGAUCUUUAAGUACCCUUCCAACCCAAACCCAAGUCCUGUGAUCUUUAAGGGGAGUUCCAACCCAAACCAUUUCAACGGUUUUACAACCUUUAAGGACUCUUCCAACCCAAGCCAUGCUGUGAUCCUCUGCUUUACUCACGUGCCUUACCCAAGUGUAGAGGAACAAGAGGAAUAAAUAGUCCAAAAGAAGUUUAUCUAUGCAGAUUAUAACCUCAGGUUCACAAGUGGGGGGAAAAUUAGUUCUUUGCUGUCUUCCAGUUCAGUGCAGGUGUUUUGGGGCAGCCCAGUGCCUGCCUUUAGUAGCACUGUGUUGAUACAAUUCCUCUGCUGAUGUGUAAAGUGUUCAGAGAAGCGUGAAAUUGUCAUGCAAAACUCUCUUCUUCAAUUAAAACAUUACAUUUAAUGCUGCUCAAUAUUCUAUUUAGUGCUGUUUUAAGUGUCAGGUUAACACCUGCUGGGAGCUGUGUUUGAGUAAGCUUGCUGGUUCCAAUGUGCUUAGGAUGGGUAUUGGAAUGGAGAGCUCAGACAGCAUCAAGAAUGGAUUUCCUUUGUGUAGAUCUGAAGUUUUGCCUUUUUUUUUGUCUUUCAUAUACAGCUGUCCAACAUCCAGAUCUCCAUAAGACCACUCUUAUUUCACUGCUGUGCCCAGAGGAAAACUUAACCUCUAGAUAAGUGCAUUUGUCUCACUUGGAAUUGACUUUGCAGCAGAAAAUCUUCAGGGACUUUUAUAUUCCAGAACUUUAGUGGGAGUUGGAAGGCGUCCCUCAGAAGCCUGCAAGUACCAGUGCUGCUUCACUGGUAUGCAAACAAACUCCCUCAGCCAAGCUGCGAUCUUGCUUUAGCUGCUUGUGAUGUGUUCCUAAGGAAGGUCAGAGGGCUGCUAUUUUGAGUGCAAUCCUGUUAUCUUCAGGCAAAUAUGCUUUUUAAACACAUUGAGCCUCGUAAAGGGCUUCUCUAAUAUUACCUUGAAGUUGAUAACUUGAAGUGUCCUUAGGAGAGAGGGUAAUAUUUGUGUCAUGCUGCUCAGCUUAAAUGAGUUGCAAGGGAGGAAAAAAAAGGUGUUUUCAGCUAGUGAAGAGCAGCUCCUCCGAGGUGCUGAGCAUGAUGGCUCUUAACAAUAGCAGGCAGCUGCAGGAGGCAGAGAAUUUCCCCCAGCUGUUACAGCAAGCCUGGUAGGAGGUUACCUGGUAACAGCAAUACUGUAUUAGAAAAACUGUACAGCAUUGCACUUCCUAUGGCAGUAUGCUUCUGUGGUGGGCUUGUCUUCUAUGACAUCAAACUUGAGUUUUAGAGCUUGGUAAUGCCUGGCAGAGGCUGGGAAUAAUGGAUAUAAGGCCAACACAGCAGAAUUUCAUGUGCCUUGUGUGCCCAGUGCUGGUAUUGCUGUCAGAAGAGGAGAUCCCUGUUUCUGCUUUGUCAUUCAGUUGGCAUUGCCACAAAAAAUAAUUCAGCCUUGCAUAUUGUAUUCUACAGAAACCUAUCUGCUGAAAAGGACUCUCAGCUUCUUGAUAGAAACAAGUGAAAAGGAGAUGUAAAUGUCAAGGCUGCUUUUAAGGGUAGACUCAGAAAGCUGUGUUUUCAACUCGUUUUCAUUUGCUCCGUUUUGUUAGCGGAAAGGAGGAGAGUGGUUUCACUUUCUGGUCCCAUAACCCUUGCACAGCGUCACAGCUUUGAUGUUGUCCUCCCCUUUGACACAGAGCAAUGCAUGUGGCUGAAAGUGCUGCUUCAGUUGAGACCAUCAUACAAGAAUGUUUUAAAAUCAGUUUUGUAGGGCUGUUGCGCAGCACACAGUCUUUGUCUCAAAGCAAACAAGGCAACAUCUGUUUGAUGAGUGAACUCCAUCUGAUCUCUCUAGUUAAAAAAGCAGGGGAACUUGUGCUUGGUGCCCCUUUUUUUUUUGCUCAAACAAAUACUGUUAACUGUUGCCACUGAUGUUCUUGGGAGAUGAUUGAUACAAGUUCUAUUUCUUGUUACUAGACAAACCCCUUUCACUUUGUAGACUCAUUCCUUUGCCUGGCAGACCCAUGCUUUAUGUAAACCUGGAGGUCAAAGCCUUCUCUCCUGUGUUGUGCACAUCCCAUUAAAUCACAUUUUUAUCUUCCAGUUUCCAGGUUGAAUAGCAAAGGUUUGAAAGAAAAUUGUUUCACGAUGCACGAAUGGAGCCCCAAACACUUCUGCUUUUCUAAUGGCAUUCUAAGAUCACUCCUCAGCAGUGACUUGAGAACAGAAGGUUUUCCCAUUUCUUUUUUUUUCCCUUUUUUUUUUGCAAGGACAUUACAGUGGUGGCUGCCUGAAAUCCAGAGAGGAUCUCGGACAUCUUUCCCAUGGAAGGAGCGGAGGGCAGGGCUAUUUAGAGGCAGGCUUAUCUGGGCUGCAGCUCACACCCUUACGUCACUUGUGGUUGUGUUUACCCACCUCUUUGUCACAGGCAGUCAGUGUCUUGCUGGAAAAUGCUGCCUCUUUUCAGAGGGUGGCAGCUGCAAAAGGCAGUCUGUGCAGCACUGAUCCAUGCAGGUGGAUUUCCUGAGCAGCGUUUGGAUACUGUGUUCCACCCACAGCAGCCAGGGAUGCUCAUUUCUUGUAGGAACAGUGAGUGCAAGGAAUGUUUUGCUGGCACGAGGCCACAAGGAGCAAGAGGAAAAGGUUUCCAUACUUAGGAAGAAGUUCAACGAAGAAGACUUUUGUUCUUUUUUCAUAGCUCAACCCAGCAGUGGACUGAUGAGGUGACUUCUUAUCUGCCUACAUCCGUAUUGUGUUACGAAAGGCAAUGGGCUCUGCUGCCCAAGCCUCGUGAUUCUUGCACUUCUAGGCGUUUUGCAAGCUUUCCCUUGUGACCAAAAGUGCUCUGAAGAUGCUGAGUGUUGGAAUGCCAGUGCUGAGGGUGGAGGGCUGUGUGCUGGGAGGGCUGGAGGAGCUCCGUUUGGCUCAGGAUGGGGUGCAGGAUGCAGAGAGAAAGUGUUGCAGGAGCCAUGAAGGUUCGGACAGCUUCAAAUCCCAUUAUUUCCCAGGUCACAGGAGAGCCCUGAGUUGUUGUGAGUUUGUGAUAGCAAAGGCAAUGUUCUCAAAAGCACUGAAGCUAAGAAAUCACUGCUGUGACACCUCUCUUUGUCACAGUUCACGCUUAAGGGAUGUAGAACUGCAAGGUAUCCUCAAGACCCACCCCAAAGGCUUGUUUUUUUAAGAGCUCUUAGUAUUUUAGACUUGAUACUGAGCUUCCCUUUGGCUUCUGCUGAAGCAUGAACCUCAUUUGUUCUUUGUAGAUGACAGCAAUGUCAGGUCUGAUGUGAGAACAUAUUUCAGCUUUCCUUGCUGUUUGAUACUCAGCUUUAUGUGUGCCUGUCAAUAGGAGCGCUUUGUUAUCUCUUACUGUUAAUUGUGGCAGUGAGAAAUUGGACUGAUUGCAUUCCUAAUGGAGCUCAUUACUCCUAGCUGUUAAUUGAAAUACCUUCGCCAGCUUCUGGCCUGCCCUGGAGCUGGUGGAACAACUCCAGGCUGCCUUUGAUUUCCUUCAGGUGCAAUUUCACUUCUUUUUGCUCUCCUCUGAACAGCCCUCUUCCUAGUGAUGCCAGAGAAGUUUAACCCCUGGGAAGAUGUUUGUCACUUGAAGAAUUGGAUGAAUCCUUCCCAUCUGCAAGGAGCUGUGUGCACGCUUGAGCCAGCAGGGAGACUCACAGCACUGAGGAGUAGAAAGACCAUGAUUUCCCUUUAGAACAAGUUGUGUUGCAGCCCUCUUGCAUGCUGGUAGCCAUGUCUUCAGAAGUCUAUUAAUUUAAGUUUGUUGGAAUGACACUUAAGCAGACUGGACUGAGUCCUUUCUUUGAUUAUUUCAAAGAAAGCCAGCAGGAGUGAUGGAUAGAGGAUGGAUGGAGGAAUGGGAACAAGAUGGCAUCACAGGCAGCAAAUUAACUGGAGUGUUGCAGGAAUCAGAAUCUGAAAACAAGCUGGAUGGAGAGACUGCGUCAGACAGCGAAAGCAAGUCUGAAUUUGGGGGAUCACCCCCCGUGCCAACAUCAGAUGACACUCCAGAGGUCCUGAACAGAGCUCUCUCCAACCUGUCCUCAAGAUGGAAGAAUUGGUGGGUAAGAGGCAUCCUCACCCUGGCAAUGAUCACCUUCUUCUUCAUCAUCAUCUACUUGGGACCCAUGGUCUUAAUGACAAUAGUGAUGUGUGUCCAGAUCAAAUGUUUCCAUGAGAUUAUCACUAUUGGCUAUAAUGUGUAUCACUCGUAUGACCUGCCCUGGUUCAGGACACUCAGCUGGUACUUCUUACUCUGUGUUAACUACUUUUUCUAUGGUGAGACUGUGACAGAUUAUUUCUUCACCCUGGUUCAGAGGGAGGAGCCCCUGCGAAUCCUCAGCAAAUACCACCGCUUCAUUUCUUUCGCCCUCUACUUAACAGGUUUCUGCAUGUUUGUCUUGAGCCUGGUGAAGAAGCACUAUCGCCUCCAGUUCUACAUGUUUGGAUGGACCCAUGUGACGUUGCUAAUUGUUGUUACCCAGUCCCACCUCAUCAUUCACAACCUGUUUGAAGGAAUGAUAUGGUUCAUUGUCCCAAUUUCCUGUGUGAUCUGCAAUGACAUCAUGGCAUAUAUGUUUGGCUUCUUCUUUGGCCGCACCCCACUAAUCAAGCUGUCCCCAAAGAAGACCUGGGAGGGUUUUAUUGGAGGGUUUUUUGCCACCGUUUUGUUUGGGUUACUGCUGUCCUAUGUGAUGUCUGGGUACCGGUGCUUCACUUGUCCAGUGGAGUUCAACAAUGACACCAACAGCUUCACAGUGGACUGUGAGCCAUCAGAGCUGUUCCAGCUACAGGAGUACAACAUCCCCUUGGUGCUGCAGUCUGUGGUGGGCUGGAAGACAGUCCGGAUGUAUCCCUUCCAAAUCCACAGCAUUGCAUUGUCUACUUUUGCCUCCCUUAUUGGGCCAUUUGGAGGCUUCUUUGCUAGUGGAUUUAAGAGAGCCUUCAAAAUUAAGGACUUUGCCAACACAAUUCCAGGGCAUGGAGGUAUCAUGGAUCGCUUUGACUGUCAGUAUCUGAUGGCUACCUUUGUGAACGUGUACAUUGCAAGCUUUAUCAGAGGUCCUAACCCAAGCAAACUGAUCCAGCAGUUCUUAACCUUGAGGCCAGACCAGCAGCUGCACAUCUUCAACACGCUAAAAGCACACCUGCUUGACAAGGGUGUGUUAGUUGGCUCAGAGGAUGCAUAGACAGCCAUGUGAUUUGGAACAGGACUGAAAACAGACAAGCCUCCCCACGGAAAUUCCUGGCUUGCCUGAUUUAAGACAAUAACAAGGCCUCAUUUCACUGUAACUUUUCUUCCUUUCUUGGUAAAUGUUUGCAUUUGUGUUGUUUUUUUUGUUUUUUUGUUUUUUUUAAUAUAUAAUAUAUUUAUAUAGCUUUGGUUCAAAUGAGCAAAUCUGAGUUUGUAGCUGGGAAGGACUGAAGACUUGGAAGGAGUUGGGUGAAGUAAGAAGGUACAACUGUCCUUGUGGUCAGUUCCCAAUCACUGAUGCAGAUGUGGGCAGAGCUGAGCUUUUCCUGUGAGUGCUUUUAUGCAGGGAAUACACACUGUAGUGUCCAUACAGUCAGCUCUGCCAGCGGGGAAGAUGAAGCCAUACAGCUCCCCUGGGUGCUGUGCCAGGCUGUGUUUGUGAUGGCAGCUCUGGAGACCUUAAUUUUCUCCAGUGGUGACUGUGAAUGUUCAUUUUCCUAGAAGGUCACAUACACACAUGCCUACGUGCAGCCCCUUGGAGAUUCUGCACAGCAAGCACAAGGCUCAAUUAGUUGGAAGAGGACCUUCUACUAAUCCAGCAAUAGUUCCUCUGCCCAGUCGGGCAUGUGUCUCUAUUGUCACUUGCUGUUUCUGCCAGUGCUUCCCACAUUCUCCUCUUCUAGCUGAUAUUUUGGCUAAUAAGAUCUUUUUUAACCUAUGAAAUUGGAAAUUAAGUGGAGGGUAAGGAAUUAAGAAGCUGGGAGCUGCUGGUGGGAAUGUGGGAGGUUCGGGUUGCUUCAAAACUACAUUGAGUAAAAAGGUUUUAAAGAACAUCUAAGUUUCAUCGAGUAAAUCCUGCCAAGUAAAAACAACCUUGUAAAUAACUUAGUUCCUAUUUCCUCACUGAAAUACCCUUUAGGAAACAUCAAACCAUGCUUUUUCUUUUUUUUUCCCCCCCAUUUCUUGAUGGUUGGAAAUCCUACGCUGGGAUAUUUUCCCUACCUUGGAGAGCAGUUUCCAACUUGGUUUUGUUUCUGAAACGUGCACAUUGGGGCUCCAGCACCACACAGGUGCUGUCAGCUGGGUAUUUCACUUUUCUUUCAGGGAUCAUGGCUGUCAGCUGUUUGUUACUUGAGUUCUACAUGUUGUGCUGCUGAGUUUUACUACGGUCUGUGUUGCAUUUCAGUCUGGGUUCAUUUACCUGCAGGCUUCUGUCCUGCUUCGCUUCCUAAAUCUCAUCAUCAAUAUGUUGCACUUAAGAGUUGGAGGUUUUAUCGAUCUAUUUUCUUUUAUUUUGUCGUAUGUUUUAAUUAUUUUAAGGAGCCCUAAAGAUUGUAAAACUUAUUUUCUCUUUUUGUGACCAGAUAGUGAGAAUAGCCCCGACUUAUUCUGGAUCUUAUGCAAUGUUCUGAUGGAGAAGAUGACUGAUUUUUCUCAUAAUUUGUGCACAAGAGAGAGAAACUUUUCCUUAUUUUAACCCAGGGAGCAAGUGUCAGGGAAAGAUAAUACAGAAGUACAUUGUUGUUCUCAAAUGAUUGCUGUCAUAAACCUUAUACACAGACACUCCCCCCACACGGAGACUUGUACAUGCUGCAAACCAGCAAAGCAUCAGCAGGAAGUAAAACACCUGCAGCUGUUUCAUGCUCCAGAUUCUGAUUCUGCUCUUGCUUUUGCUCAUCCUCAAAGAGUGGACAGGAGAGCACGAGCGUGCUUGUGUAAAUCCCAAUCUCUCUCUUAUUUCUGUACAACUCUGUGUUGUAAAUUCUGCUUCAUCUCCCUAAACAGGAGCCGUGGGGCAGAAGUGUGUGCCCAUUGCACUGCAAAUACAGGUGUUGGUCAGGUGCAUGCACUGUGGAGAAGGAAGGACUAUUUCCCCAGCAGUGCUGGCAAAGCUGCCAUCUUCUGGCAAGGCUCAGGGCUGCCGUAUGGGAUCAGCUCAGGAUUGUGUUUCGUUAACACCAACAGCAUGAAUGCUUUCCCAGAUCAGUUGUGGAGCCUGAUCUUAUUCAGCCUGAAUCAGGCAGGGAUUCAUUUUUUGUCAACUUGGAGGAUGUUCCAAGCCCUGCGUUAGAAAAGCAGAGGGAAGACUUUAAAAUGCUUCCAUCUUGCUUUGCACAGAGAAGAUAUUUGGGCUGCAUUUUGCUAUGAUUUAUCUGAAUUUAGGUAGGCCAGGUGAGGGCUCUUGAACUGGGAAUAGAUGUGGAAGCAACAGGGUGUUGUGUAGUCCCUAAAAGCAGCUUUCCCUGUGGUCAGAGAAGCUGGUGCUCUCCUGGAUUCUCACUGCCUGAUGGUAACACCUAUUAAAAUCCCUUAUACUGUGCUGUUGGGGCCGAAGUCUGUCCUCAGAAGAAGCUACAGUGUUGAUAGAUAUAACAAAAGUGUACUGCUCUUUAUAACCAUGCAUUUUUCAUACAGGUCUCUAGUCUUCUGAUCAUCUUGCUAUAAACCUUCCGUCCUUCUUUAGUUGUAAUUAGUGGGGCAAAAAAAACCCAAACCUUUGUGCAUGCUUUUGAUUUGAAGUAGCAUUUGGGCCUUCCUCGUGGUGCAGUGCUGCAUGUGGACACUGGAGGGCAAAGCAGCCGCAUUGAUGGCUGUGUUGUGCUCGGAGAGAAGCAGCACUGAUGCGUGUGGGUGGCUUUCUGCUGAGCUUGCAGCUUUGUUCUUCCUUCCUCCCCAGCAGUGCAAAGGAGGAGCAUAAAGCUACAUGGAAAUGGUGCAUUCAAGUUUAGUUAUAACUGAAUGGGGCUGUUGCAUGCAUUUGGGAAAUGGAGGAGGAAAUAAGGGAGGUGGAGGGUGGUUAGAUGAUCUGCAGGCUGGUCUGGCUGCAUGAUAGUGGUGAGCAAAGCAAUUGUGGCUGGGAAACCCACUUGGUUUCUGCACCACUGGUGGGAGUGCAGGGGAUGGUUCUGGUGUAGGGGAUAGUACUGUCCAGCUCCUAGUGACAGCAUUGCUGUUUUAGGGCAGGACUUUGUGGGGUUGCCCCACCACUUCUGCCUGGGAAUGGCUUUAGUUUGCUGAUGAUGUUUCAAGUUAGAUUUAGCUUUUCAGUUCCUUCAGCCAACAGCAGGGUUAGCUGCACCAAAUGUUCAUACAGGGAUGUGCAGCAGCACACACUGCAGCUCUUCUCACUGCUUUAAGCCUUGCAGGAGCUUAGCCUUGCUGCCAGGACUGUAAUUUUGGAGGCCACAUAGACACUGGGGAUGUCUGGGUGAGGCAGUGCAUGAUCCUCACGUGGUUUUCCAGCUGCAGGACUCAAGCUUGGGCAUUGCAGUUUUGCUCUCUGGGCUCCAUAGCUGGAGCUGUUCCUCCUCUUGGGCAGCAAAGCAGCAAGUGUGAACUCCAAGCAUCCAUGGUGGUUAUCUAGUGAAGAGGAUCAGAACAAUGCUCUGCAGCAUUGAUGGGCUGUGUGGUUGAGCACUGGGUGAGUUCGGGUGGGAAUUUGCUUCUCUGAGCCUGGCUGUAGGCUGAAUGAGUUUGCAGCUUGGCUGCAUUCUCAGUGUAACCCGCAGUGAAAUAUUGACACCUAGUUGUGGUGUGAGGUGUUAUAUCCUGUACCCACCUCUGUGUGCUAUUUAGGUCUUAGAGGUGAUGGGCUCAGGGGCUUGCUGACGCUGACCUGGAGGGGUCUUUAUGUGGCUCACAAAGCUGCAAAUCCCACAGCAUCAGCCAGCACUUGGUGCCAGGUUGGGGACUGCCCGUGUCAGAGAUGUCCAGGUGCUUUCUGAUGGCGAUGCAUGUCCCCCAUCCCUCCUCCUUCCUCCUCCUCUUCCUCCUCUGACCUAUAGGAGGAAGGCAGAGCCCUGUGGAACCAUCCCUACACCCCAUCCAGACCUCUCUGCCUCACAGAAAGCAUCGUGUGAAGGCUCCCGUGGUUCUGCCCUCUGUACCCAUCCCCAGCUGCAUUCUGUGCUCCCGUAGUGGUUGUAUGCUCCUAUUCUCCAGACCUGACCUGGGCUUUCCUCCAUCUGCUUCUUUCUCUGUGCAUCGUUCUUUCAGUUCAUGUUUUAGCUACCCAUGUAGAGUUGCCUUUCUUUGACAGGAUGUCCGAAUGUGAUAUAUUGUAUAUUUUAAAGUAUUUACCCUAUUUAUAUACUAUAUGUUACUGUUAAAUAAAUAUAAGUUCCAUUA